CGGUCACCCGUUUUUCUCUCUCUAAAAAUCCCUAAAUUUCUCCAUGUGCACACUGCAUAACCAACCAAACCCUAGCCUCUCUUCUCUUAACUGUAAAUAGAAUUCUCUCUCGCAAAAGUAUCUCUGCAUCUAUCUUCGUUUAUAUAUACCUCUCUUUACACGUCCGUCAAGGGUGCUAAAGCCUAGGUUUCUUCGGUCAGAUCCGAACUUACCGGCGAUAUUUCCCGGUCGCCGGCGGCGAGAAUGAUCUGUGUCAAGUGUUAGAUCCUGUUGCUUUACAGAGAAAUGCUAGAUCCGUUUGCUGUAAUGGUUCGGGUUGGAUCCAAAAACCUGGUUGCGCGAGCAAAAAACUAAAAGCUUUGUUUUCUUUCUUUAAUAAUUUCAUUUUGAUACCUUCUUGACGUCGUCACCUUUAUAUUAUACUUUGGUUUCUUUGGAUAUAUGUACAUAUUUUUGGUUGUUUUUCUGGAGUUAUCGAGCUUGUACAGUUAGAGAUUGUUAGGACUUUGUGUAUAUAUAAGGGGAUUUUAAUCGGGAUUUGCGAGUGAAAUUCUUGUGAAUAUUUAGGAGGGUUUAUUGAAAGUGGCAAAGAUGAAUCUAGGUGCGGCCGAGGAGGAAUCGGCGCAAGAGGUUCACAUCCCGGCGGAUAUUGAUUGGGAAAUGCUCGACAAAUCCAAGUUCUUCCUCCUCGGCGCUGCACUGUUUUCGGGAGUUUCCGCGACGCUUUACCCUGUUGUUGUGUUGAAAACCCGACAACAAGUAGCUCAAUCUCAGCUUUCUUGCCUUAGGACAGCAAUUUCGAUCGUGAAACAUGAAGGAUUUAGAGCUUUGUAUAGAGGGUUCGGUACUUCCUUGAUGGGGACGAUCCCAGCUCGAGCGCUGUACAUGACGGCGUUGGAGGUCACUAAGAGUAAUGUGGGGAGUGCUACGGUUAGGCUAGGGUUCCCGGAAGCCACGGCAGCUACAAUUGCAAAUGCAGUUGCUGGGUUGAGCGCCGCCAUGGCCGCACAGCUUGUUUGGACCCCAGUUGAUGUGGUAAGCCAAAGACUGAUGGUUCAAGGAGGUAGGAAUUCAGUUGGCAAUGCAUCGACGUGUAAAUAUGUAAACGGUAUUGAUGCAUUUAGAAAGAUACUCAGCAGUGAUGGAGCAAGAGGACUGUAUAGAGGUUUUGGAAUAUCAAUUUUGACAUAUGCUCCAUCAAAUGCAGUUUGGUGGGGAUCUUACUCUGUUGCACAAAGACUUGUUUGGGGUGGUGUUGGAUGUUACUUCUGCAAGAAAGACGAAGAAGGGAAUGAGAAUGGGAGUAACAUCAUUAGACCAGAUUCAAAAACAGUAAUGGCUGUUCAAGGAAUCAGUGCAGCCAUGGCAGGUGGUGUCUCGGCUUUAAUUACAAUGCCACUUGAUACAAUAAAGACAAGAUUGCAGGUUUUGGAUGGAGAAAAGAAUGGGCGGCGCGGACCAACAAUUGGACAGACAGUAAGGAAUUUGGUGAAGGAAGGUGGUUGGACGGCUUGUUACAGAGGUUUGGGGCCAAGAUGGGCUUCUAUGUCCAUGUCUGCAACAACUAUGAUUACUACCUACGAGUUUCUCAAACGCUUAUCUGCAAAAAAUAAAGAGAGUCUAGUCUAAUGUAAUCACGAAUAGAGAAAAUCCUUUGUUCCCAAACAACCGUCUUUACUUUUUCUUAUAACUUGUCUCUCAUUAUCUUUUUUUCCCCCCCCCCCCCUUUCUCUUUUACAUCUGCUUGGCCUAGAAGGCUGAUCAUUGUAAUCAAAUGCAGGUUUUUCCAAAUGUAGAUGCUAAUCGUUUUUUUUCCCCUCUUGUUGUCAUACUAAACAAAGGGAAAAAAAGGAUUUAGUUGGCAAAUAAUGCAAUUAGGGAUGAUAUUCUGGUUUCUGUAA